AUUACCGCGCGACGGAAACCAGGUUGCCGGGGUUUCACCCGACAGUGGUAGUCCAGCCGUUCGGCUUCUCCGAGUUGGCGGUGGCGAUGGGGGUCUGGGAGUAGUUCCCGAGCCUGCAGGCGCCGGCCGCCCCCGAACUAGAGCCCUCCGCUCCCGGGCGGCCCACGGCCAGCUCUGUGUCUGUCGCUAAGAUGAGCACCCACCGUGCCUCUCCUUUUGACCCUGAGCGUCGAGUCCGGAGCACAUUGAAGAAGGUCUUCGGGUUUGACUCUUUUAAGACACCUUUGCAGGAGAGUGCGACCAUGGCUGUAGUGAAAGGUGACAAGGAUGUUUUCGUGUGCAUGCCCACAGGGGCAGGAAAAUCCCUCUGCUAUCAGCUCCCUGCUCUGCUGGCCAAAGGCAUCACCAUCGUCAUCUCUCCCCUCAUUGCAUUGAUUCAGGACCAAGUGGACCACUUGCUGGCCCUGAAGGUGCAAGUGAGGUCCCUGAACUCGAAGCUCCCGGCGCAGGAGAAAAAGGAGCUGCUCUCCGACCUGGAGCAGGAGAAGCCCCGGACCAAGCUCCUGUACAUCACGCCGGAGAUGGCGGCCUCCGCCUCCUUCCAGCCCACCCUGAACUCCCUGGUGUCCCGCCACCUGCUCUCCUACCUGGUGGUGGAUGAAGCUCAUUGUGUUUCCCAGUGGGGACACGACUUCCGUCCCGACUACCUGCGCCUGGGUGCCCUGCGCUCCCGCCUGGCGCAUGCCCCGUGUGUGGCUCUGACCGCCACGGCCACCCCGCAGGUCCGUGAGGACGUGUUUGCUGCCCUGCACCUCAAGCAGCCGGUCGCUGCCUUCAAGACCCCCUGCUUCCGGGCCAAUCUCUUCUACGACGUGCAGUUCAAGGAGCUGCUUUCUGAUCCCUACGGGAACCUGAGGGACUUCUGCCUUAAGGCGCUUGGCCAGAAGGCUGGGAAAGGGGUGCUGUCCGGCUGCGGCAUCAUCUACUGCAGGACCAGGGAAGCUUGUGAACAGCUGGCCAUAGAGCUCGGUUACAGGGGGUUGAGUGCCAAGGCCUACCACGCAGGGCUGAAGGCCUCUGAAAGGACGCUGGUGCAGAACGAGUGGAUGGAGGAGAAGGUCCCCGUCAUUGUUGCCACCAUCAGUUUUGGGAUGGGAGUGGACAAAGCCAACGUCAGGUUCGUCGCCCACUGGAACAUUGCCAAGUCCAUGGCCGGGUACUACCAGGAGUCUGGCCGGGCGGGCAGGGACGGGAAGCCUUCCUGGUGCCGCCUCUAUUACUCCAGGAGCGACCGGGACCAAGUCAGCUUCCUGAUCAGGAAGGAAGUAGCGAAACUCCAGGAAAAGAGGGGGAACAAAGCAUCUGAUAAAGCCGCCCUCCAGGCCUUUGAGGCCUUGGUGACCUUCUGUGAAGAACUGGGGUGCCGCCAUGCUGCCAUCGCCAAGUACUUUGGGGAUGCACCCCCCGCCUGCACCAGAGGCUGUGACCACUGCCAGAACCCCGCGGCCGUGCGGAAGCAGCUGGACACCUUGGAGCGCAGCAGCAGCUGGAGCAGGACCUGCAUCGGGCCCUCCCAGGACAAGGGCUUUGACCCUGAGCUGUAUGAGGGCGGCCGCAGGGGCUACGGGGGCUUCAGCAGGUAUGACGAAGGUUCUGGAGGCAGCGGGGACGAGGGCAGAGAUGAGGCCCACAAGCGGGAAUGGAACCUCUUCUACCAGAAGCAGAUGAGUCUGCGCAAGGGCAAAGACCCCAAGACAGAAGAAUUUGUACCCCCAGAUGAGGACUGUCCCCUGAAAGAGGCUUCUAGCAGGAAGAUCCCCAGGCUCACUGUGAAGGCCCGUGAGCACUGCCUGGGGCUGCUGGAGGAGGCUCUGAGCAGUAACUGCCAGGCUGCAGGUGCCAGUCAUGGACCUGACCUGCAGGCCAAGGCUGUGGAGCUAGAACAUGAGAUGUUCCGAAAUGCCAAGGCUGCCAACCUCUACAAGGCCAGCGUGCUGAAGAAGGUCGCCGAGAUCCAUAGGACCUCCAAGGACGGGCAGCUCUACCACCCGGCAGGCGGUGCCAAGAGCUGCAGUGCCCAGGCCGAGCCCACCGAGCACGACAUCCUGCCGGCCUCCCAGGUGUACUCGCUCAAACCCAAGCGGGUGGGAGCCGGUUUCCCCAAAGGCUCCCUCCCAUUCCAGACGGCCUCACAGCUGAUGGCGGAGAUGAGGGCUGGGGGGCAGGCCCCGCGGCCUGAGCAGGAGCCCGCCAGCCAGCCCCGUGGCCUCAAGGAUGAGGAAAGCAGUGAGCCUGUCCCCGGGCUCAGAGAGGCCCCCAGAAGCAGUGCUCAUUGUGGGGGGCCCUCCCCUGAGAAGGCAAAGGGCUCCUCGGGGGGCAGUCCCGCGGCCAAGGCCCAGGCCAACAAGAAGCAGCAGCUCCUGGCCGCUGCGGCUCUCAAGGACUCUCAGAACAUCGCCCGCUUCUUCUGCCAAAGGGCCGAGAGCCCGCCUGCCCUGGCUUCAGCCCCAGGGGCAGAAGGUGCCAGCCCUUCCUGUGCUGGGGUGCAGGGACCCCUGGCUGUGGCCCCAGAGACAUGCACUGGGGAGGAGGAUGGAGCCCUGGGGCGUUCGGCUGCCCGCCCCCAGACGGAGUGCACCAGGGAGGGGCCAAGUGCCUGCCCACUGCGAGACCUGGAGCCCCCUGAAGGCCAGCUCACCCCCCCAGAGGCGACACCGAGGGGCAAGCGGCCGAGGCCCCAGCAGGAGAACCCAGAAUGCCAGGCGCGGAAGAGGCCUCACCCCUCAGCCAGUGCCUCCGUUUUAGCCGAGGCCAACGACAACAUCUUGGCCAGUGGUCAGAGCGCCAUAAGCCGCACGGCGCAGGGCUCCUGCCAGCCCCCAGCCCCGGGCACCUCCCUGAAGGUGGCUGCGAACAUUGUGGUCAAGUGCCUGACCCCUUUCUACAAAGAGGGCAAGUUUGCCUCCAAGGACCUGUUCAAAGCCUUCGCCCGCCACCUCUCCCACACGCUGGCUCAGGACCCCUCUCCCGGGAGGAGCGUGAAGGAAGAGGCCCAGCACCUCAUCAGGCAGUUCUUCCGGGGCCGGGCCCGGUGCGAGAGUGAAGCUGACUGGCACGGCCUGUGUGACCCGCAGAGAUGACCGACUGCUGCCCAGCGGGGCCAGUGUCCACCCCCGACUCUACCGUGGGCCAGCGGGCCUGACUCAGGAAUGGGAAGGCGGACAGGCCUGCGGCCGCAGGGCAUCUCUUUCCUCAGGGUCCUUCGCCCUUCCAGCCACACCUUGCUGUGGAGAUGGCCCCGGACACCUCCCAAAUCAAGGUCAGAGGCCAGAGGUCAGCCCAGCUUCCUAUGUACUUGCCAGGCCUGAGGCCCUCUCUCCUGGCCUCAUGGAGCCCCACUUUAGAAGGACCUGGGUGGGGUGGCUGCUGCCAGGGGAACAGGAAGAAGAAACGGUCCCUCCACCUCUUGUACCCGAGUUGUGAGCUGGGGGAGGCCACCUCUGCAAGGCGGGGGGCUCCAGGGGCAGAGCUGUGGGAAGAGGCAGCGCCGGCUCUGCUUCUCGGCUCCUGCUCGGGAAAGCGAGGCCGGGCCGAGGCGCCUCCCGGAGGAAUAAAGUCUGUUCUGACACGUGCACGCGCA